GACUCCUCUGUUUCUUCUCCACUCACAACCCAUCCCUCAAACUUUCUCUCUCUAAAUCUUUCUUUCUCUCUCUUCAAUGGCUCACUCUGCCGUCGUGGUUGUUGCUCUGACGGUGAUGUUUUUGGGAUUAGCGAUCGCUCAGUCGCCGUCGCACGCACCUGCAUCGUCGCCGAUAUCGACACCGCCUUCCGUCGCUCCGACUCCUUCGACGUUGGUGAAGCCUCCAACUCAAGCACCGGCUCCGACCACAACUCCGCCGUCCUCCGCUCCUUCUCCGGGGGAUGUGCCUUCUCAGUCCCCUCCUUCUCCACCUACUGUUUCACCGGCCCCUGAAGCUCCUACUCCGUCGUCGAUCGCGAAUCCUCCUGGCUCCGAAGCGCCUGCACCUGCAGAAAACGCCGCCGUUUCGAACAGACUCGCCAUCGGAUCUUUCUCCGCCGGUUUGCUAGCCUUCGCUCUGGUCGCGUAGAUUUUUUUCAAUGGAGUGAUCGAAUUACUAUUAGUAGUGAUGAUAUAUUGUGUGCGUGUGUGUUUUUAGUUAGGUUUUAUUAUUAUUAUUAUUAUACUACAUUUUGCAUAUGAUAGACUCUUUGUUUGUUGAUUUACAUAUCAUUUGGUUUAUGAAAAAUGUUUGGUAGCGUGGAGUAA